GGACCUUGGAUCAAUGUUGUACAACAAUUUAAAAGAAGUUACAUGGAGUACUACGUCCUUACCAUUAGAUCAACUCGUCAGUAAUUAUAAGUUGCCUCAAAUUGUCAAGCUGGAUAACGGCAAGUAACUUUACCUUUUCACGCCAUCAGCGCAGCGCUUGUUAGCCGCUAGCUAGCAGCAAAGGCAAACUUAAGCUGUAACACAUCUUUGCGAUUGAGUUUAGCAGUGUGACUUACCGUUUCUCAACAGCGUGAUCUAGUUUACAUUACAAAAUAAGCGUUUUCUUAUUCUCUCUUUUCUUUUGGUUUAUUUUUGGUAAUACCUUUGCAUCCGUUGUGCACAUCUCACCUUUUUUGGUAUUAAACGUGUAAACCCUAUAGUCAUCAUUAUAAUGAAGUUAUUUCAGGUUUAGUAAAAACUGUAUUGCAACGACUGAUGAGUUGUACCACAUACUGUCUAGCUCCACCAUUGGAAAGCCUUUUUUUUUUUUUAAAUAUACAUGUAUUGUUGCAGGCUGAGUCACAAUGCCAAUCUUAUAACUAAAUCGUAACCUAGUUGCUCUGUUUAAGCUGAGAAGCAUCAUUGUCUUCAUUUUGGUUACAAAAAGACAAGUAUUUAUUUAUUUGUUUUUAAGAAUUAAGACAUGAUAAUGUUAUGGUGCUGUGCAAAAGUAUUUAGCCACCACUAAUUUCUUCAUAAUUUGCUUAGAAGUUGCCAGAUUUGCAUUUUCUGAAGUGGUCGUGAGCAAUAGUUCUCCAGGUUUUCUGAAGGUUUUUCAAAGUUUUUCUAGUUCUUGUAUCUGACCAUUUUCUUCAAGGACAAAAAAGUACCUAAUUUAAAGGGAUCGUUUAAAGGGACCAGCCAGUGUUGUGUAUACACUCCGAUUCCCAUUUAUUUUGUUGAGUCCACAAAAAGUACCAAAUUAACCAAGAACCUGACUGAAAAUCAGUAGCAUCAGGUCUGAUGGAGCAGUGACUGCAAUUUAGAAAUGUUUGGUUCAGAGCAUUGUGAGUAUGUACAGAGAAAGUCAGGAGUGACUACAGCCACCUGUUAAAUAGGGUGGAGGCUGAACUGCAGCAACUGGUGUAAAGAAAUUACAAGAAGUCUGCCUUAGAGUUUAGGCCGUGUUAAAGAACAAAAGUGGUCAAAUAAAAUAUUGACUUUCAAUUUUGUUAGAGUUGUACAAACUCUGCACUUGCCUUAUAGCCUGUAUUUCCAUGUAUGUUUGCACAUAUUGCAGCCAUUUCCCAUUUCCCUACUAAAAUAAAGAAAUGAGUGGGGGCUCAAGACUUUUGCACAGUACUGUUACUAUCCCUCUAACUAAACUAUAUGUUAAUGCAAUCCUGGGUCUGAACGUGUAUCUUUAUCAGAAUCAGAAUACUUAAAUAAUACUGAUUCUGAUACAGUCCUGGGUCUGAAAGUGCAUCUUUAAAACUAUGUUACCCUCAGUAUGCCUGAAAAUAAACAUGCUGACUGUGCCCUGCACUUUGCUAUUAUGUAUCAUUAAUAAUUUGAAUAAUUUUCUCCAUCUCCCUGACACAUGCCUGGCCUUUUCUGGAGAACUAAAGUGGUGUAUUGUACUUUGAAUGAUAGAGCAUGCUUUUUAGAGAGGUAUGGAUUAGGCCAUUAGUCAUUGACUAAUGGCCUAAUCCAUAGUGACUUUAAAUGUGCUUGGUAAUCCAAUGCCUCAGUUUGAAUGGAGCAGACUGUAUGGCUAAAGAGUGGUAUGAAAGCAGUGGUGUUUCUCAAAGUGAUAUUUAAUAGAAUGGCCUGUUCUCUGAGUUAUUAAGGUUCAAUAGUUCUCUCAUGACCCACAUCCAAGACACCACCUGGUCAGCUGGUUGAAGGGCUCAGAGACAAUGACUACCUCUUGAUUCAUUCCUGUCGUCAGUGGACGACUAUUACUGCUCACAGUCUGGAGGAGGGACAUUAUGUCAUUGGGCCCAAAAUAGAGAUCCCAGUUCACUAUGAAGGUCAGUUCAAGCUGCUCGAGCAGGACAGAGAUGUCAAAGAGCCUGUGCAGUACUACAACAGCGUGGAGGAAGUGGCCAAAGCUUUCCCUGAAAGGGUAUAUGUUAUGGAGGAAAUCAUGUUCAAUGUUAAGAUGGCUUCAGGGGAAUGCAAUGAAGACACAGAGGUUUACAACAUAACACUAAACACUGGUGAUGAACUGACGUUAAUGGGCCAAGCUGAGAUCCUUUAUGCCAAAAGCUUCAAAGAAAAAUCAAGAUUCAACACCAUUUUUAAGAAGAUUGGAAAGCUGAACUCCAUCAGUAAGAUCGGUCGAGGCAAGAUGCCUUGCUUGAUUUGCAUGAACCAUCGCACCAAUGAGAGCAUCAGCCUGCCGUUCCAGUGCAAAGGCAGGUUCAGUACCUGCAGUCCACUUGAGCUUCAGAUGCAAGACGGGGAGCACAACAUCAGGAACAUCGUGGAGAAAACCCGUCUCCCGGUCAAUGUGACAGUACCCAGCACCCCACCCCGCAACCAGUAUGACCUCCACCUCAUUAGGGAGGGUCAUCGGUACAAAUUGGUCAACAUUCAGACGAAAACAGUGGUUGUGUGCUGCAUUCUGCGAAGCAAUAAAAUUAUCCCUAUCCAUUUUCCGUUUCAUAUAGCCAUGCCACGAUUUAUUGUUCCAGAAGAAUUGCUGCAAGGAGAGUUGUGGUUAGAUACUAUGGUGCAUCGCUGGUUUGCGUUCUGCCAGGAGCAGUUUGAUAUCGAUGACUAUUCUCGUGCUGUCCGGGACGUACGAACAGACUGGAAUGAAGAUGGCAAAAGCCCCAAAAAAAGCAGUGGCAAUGGUAGUUGUAGCAGUGGAGGAAGCGGGAGUUCAAGCGGCUGUCCCAAUCAUAUGCAAAUUCCCAGCUCUUUGACUUACGCCCGAGAUGAACUCACCCAGUCCUUCCACCGACUGUCUGUGUGUGUGUAUGGCAGCAACCUGCACGGUAACAGUGAGGUCAACUUGCAGGGUUGUAUGCCAUGCGGAGAUUGGGCUCUUAUGCCUUCUGAUAGUCAUCCUUCAGAAGAGAAUGAACACUUUUUCCCAGAGCUGUUGGACUGCACAAACCCACAACCAACCCUCAACAAGCUGGAUGUUCCCUAUGAGGAGCUGUGGUUGGAUCACUUGAGAAGUCAGAUUCCAAAACCCUCUCAAAGCGAAGGAAUCAGAGGCCUCAACAGUGACUGUGCCACAACAGCUGCACUGACAAACCCAGUCACUUGUCCUCUGGGAGCCAUAACCAGCUCUGAUGUGCCUCUUGCUCCUCCACCAGUCCCACCAAAGUCUGAAGCUGUGAAGGAAGAAUGUCGUCUUUUGAAUGCACCACCAAUCCCACCACGAGGCCUGAAACAGAUACCAUCAGUGCCUGUCCUUUUGAAGCCACGGCAGCAAGAAACUCGGUCUCCAAGUCCAACCCUCUCCUAUUAUUCUUCUGGUCUCCACAACAUCAGUGGAACAUGUGAGCAAGAAGGAACUGACCCACAAGAGCAAAGCCAUGUGUGCUACCCUUGCAGCUGGGCUAAUUCCAUCAGCACUGAACCGAAGGCUGUUUCGCCAUGUAGUAGCUCACCGUUAGAUGGAGUUUUAUCGCGGUUGUCUUGGCCAAAUCAUUUCAGUGGAGGGGAUUCGCAUUGCAUGGACGAGUUUCUGCCUACAACCUGUCGAAGUUACUACAGCUACCCCAGAAAGAGAACCCCAAGCACUCCAAAAACCUGUACAACCAGCCUUGUUGACUUUGAUGGCCGAGAGUAUGCACACCGCAGUAAGGACUUUAACUUGCCGAAAGCAUCUCUGAGUCCUUUCUGCAACAAAUCUUCUAGCUGCAAUUCAGAAAUGUACAGUGACAAGCUCAUAGAUGCAUCUAACACUAAGCAGAGCCUCUCCUGCCCGAUCUUGCCACCAAGAACACCAAAAUCAAAUGCCAUAAAGAAGUGCACAGAUGUGCUGUCAGAGUCGGUCUGUGACAGUAAGCCGGAAACUUUAUAUUCCUCACUUGCUCAACAUGAGCAGGGAACAAAAGAGAUACACUCCAUCUCUAACACUCCAACUGUUAACUGUCCAUCCUUGUCUCACACUACACAGUGGCAGCCACCAUUGAGCUUGGCUGGCCUUUCAAUUGAAGAGGUCUCCAAAUGUCUGAAAUUUAUCGGCCUGCCAGAUGACAUUGUUUCUCUUUUCGUGUCUGAAAAAAUUGAUGGGAAUCUACUCCUGCAGCUCACCGAGGAGAUUUUGUCUGAGGACUUCAAGCUAAGCAAACUGCAGGUGAAGAAACUCAUGCAGUUCAUAAAUGGGUGGAGACCCAAGAUCUAACAAUAUGUAACUUAAAAACUCCUGUAAAGCUGAGAACAUCAUGCCUUCAGUAUGUAUGCUAUGCACAUCAAGCCACAAAGAGUUUCUUUUUGUAUAGUAUGAACUUAUUUCUUGUUACUACAUGGUGGGGAAGACAAGUGGGUAAUGCCCACUUAAAGUCUAUGACUCCUAUUUGCUAACUGAAUGGAAUCAUUUGGCACUUUCACAAAGACAUUUACAUGUCAACUGCUUACUUUUACACCCACGACCUAUUCAUGUCAUUACACAGAUACUAAUUUAAGCCAGGGAAUUGAAAGAAAUCCACAUAAUCGUUUUAAUGUGAGAGCUAUAUGAAGACAAUAUUGUCUUUUGUAAAAGGAGAGUGUCACAGAAUUUUGCUGCGAAUAGCUAAAUGUUUAAAAGAGCACGAACUAGAAAAUAUUUGAAAUAUAUAUAUAUAUAUAUAGUAGAGCCAACUGCCAAUAAUUACAGAAAACCCAGUUUGGUAUCAGGUGACAGGAGAUGGUUAACUUUGGAAAAUUAAUUACUGCAUGACAGGGUUCUGUUUUCCCUCAGAAUUUGCAUCCCCUUAAUAUAACUGUGCUAAUAACAGUUAGCUACGCUAAGUCAUUAUCUGCAGUAGGGUUUAAAGGUGACACUUCCUAUGCAAGAGCUCUUUUUUGUGUGUGCCUGAAGUUAAACACUGCUUAUUGUAACCUAAAACGUCUCAGCUAAAUGUCACUUUGGGUUAUUUAAGCCUGAAAAGAAAUUGGUUAUAUCUAACCAAAUUCUGUCCUUUCUUUUAAACUCACAUGGAAAUAACCAAAAGCGCCAACAGAUCUUGGCGUCCAAUAUAAAUGAAAAAUUAAAUGCAUCAUGCACUUUGGUAGAUUUCAGAUUAAAUAUAGCAGUUGAGGUCAUUAAAUAUAAUUGAUGAGAUUGUUUAUGUAGAGAAUGAAUGCACUACAUUUUUUUAAUUGCAAGGGUACUCAUUUGUUUCCACUGUAUGUAUUGGUAAGUGUUACCUACAAUACUUGCGAGACAGAAGUAAUAGUUUUUUGCGCCUUAACCCAGAGACCUUAAAACAUUUGAUAUGUUGACGUAACAUUUUCUUUUUGUCAGAGAGUAUACACUAACAACUGGAGUUUCUCCAGACCACGGAAGCAUGUAGGCUAAACUUGAAAAUGAUAAACUACAAUGAAAUAUUUGUUUGUAUUGGUAACUUUUUAAAAAAAAUACCCUUGAUUCAGAAUUGAGUUAUUUAUGCAGUAAUUUAACAUGAUGCAAAAUAUGCAGGAGAGUUAUUGUCAGACCAUUCUUAUGGCUGACACUUGAAGGUGCCUCAGCAGUCACAGCUUUUGUACAACUCGGGUCUGGUCUGUUGGCCAAUAGCUGUUGUUUUGUUUCCCCCCCACCCAACAGUUUUUUUUCUCUUUUUUACAGUGGGGUGUUACAUAUUUUACUUGAUAUUUUUUUAUUUUGUAUGUAGGUGCAAAUUAAAUAUAAAUUUUUUUUAUUGAAAUGAUUACUAAUGUUGAGAUUAUUUUUUAUUGAGAAAAAGCUUAUGUUCAAAUUUCUGUUUGUUUUUUUUUUUAAUUCUGUAAAAUGUGGGUUCUACUUGGGUUUCUAACUUCAUGCAGUAAAAUAACACUCGGUCACGGGGGGAAAAUACCUACGAAUCUCUUUCGCACUCCAUGGACACUGACCAAAAGAUAAUGUUAAUAAGCUGUAUUUCCUUUUAAGUUAGUCUCAGUAUCGCUGUUUUUAUGGAGAAUGAUUUCUGUCCCUGGAAACUUAUUACAUAGCAUAAUGUCUUAUGCAAUAGCCAUGGCACUCCAAAGUUACCACGGAAAGGAAAUGCAAAGCAGUGGAGUAUUAUAGGGUAUUAUUAAGCGUAUUGAAAAUGCCACAGUGUUCAUUUAUAAAAAAUGCAUGCCAAAGAAAUAUUUCCAAACCAUUAGCCAAUUUAAAGUAUGACGUGAGGGUUAAAUUGAAGAAUUCUGCAAUUAUUCAAUGAACUGUGAAAACACUCCAACAUCUAGCCGUGUCCGACUAAUCCAACGUUGUGAAGCACUCGGAACCAAAGCUCAUUCUGCGUUGGUAACACACUCAGCUCUGGAUCACUGCCUACAUGAACUGUUGCAAUUUUUUGUACAAAAAGAAGGUAAAUAACUGUGACACUGGGUUUGACAUCAUUACUUACAAGUUAAGUUCUGAACAUUUGUUUUUCAUUUUAACUCUUGUUUUCCCUGUUUCCCCUUUUGCAUUGUAUCAUCUAUUAAACAUGGAUUAACUGGUGCUCGUGUUUUUCUUCUUGGUCAAGUAACAGUAGUAGGCUUCAUAGUAGUAACGAGCAUGACCAUUAUACUACUGAUCACAAAGUUUGAGUGAUUAACACAAUCUAUAUGAUAAACAGCAAGAGCUUUAUGUGUAAGUCAGUCUUCAUUCAUUGAUAAUUCACAAAAUAAUUAUUUUAAGGCGUGCCUGCCUGUCCAGGGAAAUACGUGUCUAUGCUGUGACAUGGAGAAACAUGAGUUUCAUCAAUUCCCCAGAAUAUUGUGACAUAUGGUGGUUUCACCACUUGGCUCCAUGUCUAUGUUAAAGUUGCAAAGUCAGAGCAGAGGCUAAAAGGACAAGGAGACAUUCGAGGAUUUAAAAUUUGAAUUUCAUACUUCAUAAAAUUACAGCUUGUUCCAGUUCAAUUCAUCAACAGUUUAGAAGAGUAGCCAUCUGAAAUUUACCACCUUGGGUCAUUUUCCCCCAAAAUUCACGUCAGAAUUCAUUUUAGUCGUCUCUGGAUUCAGUGAAUAACUUCCAGUUAGAAAACUCACCUGGUUUAUUUAUUUCUAACAUUAUUUUGCUCUUUUCCAGUGCGACUGAUGAUUUGUUCAGCUGAUAGACAAUUAUUUAUAAUUUGGGUCAUUUCUCAGGCAAAAUUUGAGAUGACUAAAGAAUUAAUAGAGACAAUAAGUAACUGAUUAACUGGUUAUUUUUAGUAAUCGAUAUUGAGUGUAUGUUGUCUGCAUCUUUUAUAGAAUAGCAAAUUGAAUACAGGCGCAUGUCAAAUGCUGCAAAAAGGAAGUGAGACAGCAAAUUGCAUCAGGUGUUCAGCACCUUUAUCAACAGUUUGCUGUUUCGUUACUUCUGCUGUCUUGCACUUUCCGGUUGUACAUUAAGCAGGCUGACAUGCCACAGAUCAAAGGUUUCCUAAGUUCUGCUUUUUAUCUA